AUAACACUCCUUAAAUGAGAUUUGUCAUUUACAUACAUAAAGUAGUAUCAGCUAAGCCAUGAGCCAACAUGGCAGGCACUAAAAUGACCUGAUCUGUGCAUGACUGUGCCCUGUCUUAUCUAAUACAAUAUCAUUUUUUUUAGAAACCCUCCAAGAGCACAUGAUCUUCUUGUAUAGAGAUAAGACAUCAAGCAGCAGCCUUUUUUCUCAGUCAUGGACGGCAGAGAGAAGAGAGCGCUUCACUUCUUGAUCUUCGCUGCUUAUCUCGUGGUCUCAUCUUCACCUUCUGCAGGUCUGAUCAGAUUAGCUGGAUCUGGGUCCACUCAGUGCUCUGGAAGAGUUGAAAUCUAUAACUGUAACUCUUACUCUUACCCUUACUAUUCCUGGGGAACAGUGUGUGAUUACGACUGGGACUUACAAGAUGCUGAGGUGGUCUGUAGAGAGCAGAGCUGUGGGAUAGCUCUGGAGGCUCUUGGGUCUGCUUACUUUGGUCAAGGUACAGGAACUUUCUUGCACAGUAAUGUGGACUGUUCAGGAAGUGAAACUUCUCUAGACAAUUGUAGGUACAGCAGCUAUAUUAGUUAUUACUGUCACCAUGGUCGGGAUGCUGGCGUCGUCUGUUCAGUAAGCAACCCAGAGCCCACCAUCUCCUUGUACAGUAAUGAGGUCACCUGGGGUCAGGACGUCAGCAUCACUUGCUCAGUCUCAGAAAAGUUCUCAGGUGGAACUUUUAUCCUCCAGAAGACUUCAGGCUCAUUCAGUCAGAGUCAAACAUCCUCUACGAGCUCUGUUACAUUCAAUCUUCACAAUGUGAACUUUGAUCAUGAUGGACUGUACCAGUGUCAGUACAUGAAAACAAGUCAAAGGUUCAGCUCUUCCUCUGUCAGACUCACUGUGAGUUUUCCAAAACCUCGUAUUUCCAUUUGCCCUGUUGGUGAGGUGACCUGGGGUCAGACUGUUGAAAUCACAUGUUCAGUCUCAACUCAGGUUUUAGGUGGAUCGUUCACUCUGAGUCAAAUUCAGGGUUCAUUCACGAGGAGCCAAACCUCCAACACAAACUCUGCUACCUUCAGUAUUCCUAAUGUGGACUUUGAUAACGAGGGAUUGUACCAGUGUCAGUAUAAGAAAAGAGGCUCAAGUCGUGAAUUCAGCUCCCCAUUAAGUGAUUCGGUCAGACUCUCUGUUACUGGUAAGAAAAACAAGUAUGGACUAACUCUUGGAACAAAGCGAGAAUAAUAA